CAAAGCAAUUUCGACUUCUACGUCCCAUUUCCACCUUCCACCUAUUUGCACCUAUUUUAUUAGUGACUGUAAUAAAUGACGUGUUAAAAUUGUUUUUAAACAGAUAAGACUUUGUUUCUGUAACCAUGAAUGUAAAUAACUCGAUGCCGGAAGAAUACGAGCCUUCUCUUAAAAAUAUAAUUGAACAACGAUCAUUGCGAUGGAUAUUUGUUGGUGGUAAAGGCGGAGUUGGUAAAACUACAUGCAGUUGCUCCUUGGCCGUACAGUUGUCCAAAGUGAGGAAAAAUGUACUUAUCAUAUCGACAGAUCCAGCACAUAAUAUUUCCGAUGCUUUUGAUCAGAAAUUUAGCAAAGUUCCAACGAGAGUAAAGAGUUUCGAGAAUCUGUUUGCUAUGGAAAUAGAUCCAAAUGCUGGCCUUACCGAAAUGCCUGAAGAAUACUUUGAAAGUGAUUCUGAUGGAGAAGCAAUGAGAUUGAGCAGAAGUGUAAUGCAAGAAAUUAUAGGUGCAUUUCCUGGUAUAGAUGAGGCAAUGAGUUAUGCAGAAGUUAUGAAGCUUGUCAAAGGAAUGAACUUUUCAGUUGUUGUGUUUGAUACUGCACCAACUGGUCAUACUUUGAGGCUACUAUCAUUUCCACAAGUUGUUGAGAAGGGUUUGGGAAAAUUAAUGAAAUUAAAGGCGAAGAUUGGUCCUUUUAUUACACAGAUAAGCUCAUUGUUGGGUAUGACAGACUUCAAUGUAGAUACAUUUUCCAACAAAAUAGAGGAAAUGCUUACUGUCAUUAGGCAAAUCAAUGAACAAUUUAGAACUCCUGAUCAAACAACUUUUGUUUGUGUAUGCAUAGCAGAGUUCUUGUCUUUGUACGAGACUGAGCGGCUUGUACAGGAACUUACUAAGUGUGAAAUCGAUACACAUAACAUUAUAGUAAAUCAGCUGCUAUUUCUCAAAGAUAAAGAUGCAUCCUGUAGACUCUGCCUAGCUAGACAUAAAAUACAAGAUAAAUAUUUAGGACAGAUAAUGGAUUUGUAUGAAGAUUUUCAUAUAACAAAACUUCCCUUAUUAGAAAAAGAAGUUCGUGGAGUCACACAAGUCAAAGAGUUUUCAGAAUAUCUUGUUAAGCCAUACGAGCCUUAAUAUCUAUAAAGUUGAUACUUAAUUAGAACACAACUUUAAAUAUAAUCAAAAGUUUUUGUAACCUGAUAAAAUCUUAUAUAUAUUGCGAAAUUUAUAUAAGAGGUAAUAUUUUUAUUUAUAAUAUGUUCCUUUGCAUGUAAACGCUUGGCUUUGGUAUCUACACAUUAAAUAUUUACAUUUCGUUAAGAUCGUAUGAAUUUAAAUCCUUUAUACCACCAGUAUGUUACAAGAGAGAAGCACAGGAAAGUAAUAUAUUUGAGUAGUUUCUAAUUUUUUUAUUUAAAAAUAUUGGUAAGAAAAAGGCUAUCAAUUAAUCACAGAAACUUCUCUACCAAUUUGGACAAAUGCACUUAUGGCCUGCUCCACAUCGUUCUCUGUGUGUGCAGCACUGAUCUGAACACGUAUUCUCGCUUUAUCCUUUGGUACAACAGGAUAACUAAAACCAAUUACAUAAAUGCCUUUUUCUGCAAAAAGAUAGAUUAAUGUUUAUCCGUUCGAAUGUUAAGUAGAGAACUGUAUUGUAAAAUACAUACUAAUCAUCUUAUCAGCAAAUUCGUUAGUUAAUCUUGCAUCUCCUAACAUGACAGGACAGAUAGGAUGAUUAUCACCACUGAUUGUAAAACCCGCUGCCUUCAUACCGUUUCGGAACAAAUUCGUAUUGUUCUUCAAUCUGUCCAAAAACUCGGUAGACUCUGUUAUGAGAUCCAUGACCUAUGCAAAAGGAACAUUAACAUUAUUUAUAGUCCAUAUUAUUAUUUAAAAGAUAGGCACAGAACCUCGGCGUACUUUGUUAGCUGAUGCGACCACAGACGGAGGUAAUGAAUUUGAAAAUAAAUACGGUCUGCUGCGUUGUCUUAGCAAAUCAAUUAAUUCUUUUACACCAGUCGUGUAGCCACCAGCUGCUCCACCGAGAGCUUUUCCUAGCGUCGAGUUAAUAAUGUCAAUACUUCCCAACUCAUUAAAAUAAUCUUCCGUGCCUCUGUAAUUAAAACAAUGUUCAUAUACGUAGAUAUGAAAAUAUAUGUGUAGAGACUAA